GUAGUUUUACGACAGAGACUGCGGUGCUUAAAACAUAAUUACAAGUCAAUCACAUCUCAUUGUAAACAGCAAGAUACCAUAUCGUCCUUGAAUUACAAGAUGACACAAAUUAGCGUUUUAUUCGUAUCCUUUCUGGUGGUUCAUGCCACAGCUGACAUCUUGGAUCGUGAGAAACUCCUGGAAUACAACCAGACCAAGAACUGGGUCACCCUGCACUCGUACCUGAGCGAGGCGCUGGUAGGCACCAACCCCAUGGCCUACGAGCAGGUGCAAGCCAUCUCGCGGUACGUCACCAACCCGAUGUACCUCAUCGGCUGGAGAGGCUACAACUACCUGGCGGAGGAGCUGGCGAUCCCCGAGGGGUGCGCAGACAUCACCGACAGCUCAGGCUACGCCAUGCUGCACGGCGCCGCGGUCAGCAAUGACGUCAUCACCGCCAGUCUGCAGCUGGCGCGUGGUGCUGACAGCGAGCUGACGGACAGCGAAGGCAACACCGCGAUGAUCCUGGCCGCCCAGUGCAACUACCUCCCGCAGGUGCAGUACCUCACCCAACGCGGAGCCAACGUGAACGCCGCCAACCACCGAGGCCAGACUCCGUUGUGGUGGGCGACCUACAACCGCAACUGGCUGAUGGUUAAAUGGCUGUGGGAGCACGAAGCUGUCGCUCUCUCGGGGCCCUUGCUUCUGGACUUGACUCAGUCGGCCAAUGGAACUCAGGCUGUCAAACAACUCUGCAUGACACCGAAUAAUCCUGCGCACGUGUGACGCAAAAUAUCUGUCAGCAUUCGUUACAUUUCUAUAACCGUAAUGCGUUUGUUUUCUUAGUAAAGAAUUAAUGUUUUUGUUUGUAUGGAAGCAUUUUUAUUGUGUUUAAAUUUUAAUUAAAUAUGUUACAACAUUAAA